AUGAGCUCCGCGCCGGGCUUCCUGGAGGCCGGGGCCGUGCAGAAGCACUGGCCCGCCUCCCGCGCCCUCCUCGCGGCUCUGGAAGCCGCCUUGGCCGCCUUCUCCAGCGGUCCCGAGGGCGGCGUGGUGCAGCCGCUGCGCACCGUCCUCCCCAUCCAGAAGCACAGCGGCUUUUUAGGGGUCAUGCCCGCUUACAGCGCAAAGGACGAUGCCCUGACAACCAAGCUGGUGACCUUCUAUGAGAAUGUGUCUCCUUCGCAUCAAGCCUCGGUCCUGUUGUUUGACCCAACAAACGGCACCCUCAAGGCGGUGAUGGAUGGCAACGUCAUCACAGCCAAGCGUACGGCAGCUGUUUCGGCAAUAGCUACCAAGUAUUUAAUGCCUGCAAAUUCAGAGGUCCUCUGCAUUCUGGGAGCUGGUGUCCAGGCCUACAGCCACUACGAACUUUUCACAGAGCUGUUCUCAUUUAAAGAGGUUAGAAUCUGGAACCGCACCAAGCAGAACGCGGAAAAAUUUGCUCAGAUGGUGAAUGGACCGGUCCAGGUGUGUUCCUCGGUCCAGGAGGCUGUCCGCGGGGCCGAUGUGAUUGUCACAGUCACAAUGGCAACUCAGCCCAUCUUGCACGGAGAGUGGGUAAAACCCGGAGCUCACGUCAAUGCUGUCGGAGCCAGCCGGCCUGAUUGGAGAGAACUAGAUGACGAUAUAAUGAGGAAUUCGGUAUUGUAUGUCGAUUCGAAAGAGGCAGCCCUGCGCGAAUCAGGAGACGUUAUUUUAUCGGGGGCAAGCGUUUUUGCAGAACUCGGCGAGGUGAUCUUGGGAAGCAAACCAACCCUGCGGGAGGAAACCACGGUGUUCAAAUCACUGGGAAUGGCCAUUGAAGACACCGUGACUGCAAAACUGGUCUUUGAAUCUUGGUCAGCCAGUGGAUGA